AUGAGAAAGGUGUUUAUAUUCGAAUUUAUAUUGGCUGCUCAUGUUGUAUUCUGUAUUUUGAUCGAAAUGUAAUCAGUGAUAUUUCCAAUUCAAUAAAAAUUAGUGGAUUUAGAUAAUGUUGGACCUGUGAAAAAAAAUAGUCAUGCUAAUCAUAAUUCAUAUUUUGAUUUAUUUGGAUUCUUUGGAUUAUGUAUAUGGUUAAUAUUGAAAUACUUUUUUGAAGGAUUUAGAUUUAAUUCAAUUCUUAUUAUGGCAGCAUAUACAUUCUUCUUUUUUGAUAGAGCAUUGUAAUUUGCAGAUAAAAUAUUAUGUUAAGUAGCAGCUGUAUUAACUAUUUUAUAUAUUUGGACUUUAAUAAGUUAUCCUGUUUAUGAAUUUCCAAAGACAACAGGUAAAUAUAGAACUUGUUAUAAAUAAAUCAAAUUAAAUGAUAGUUUAUCAACUGAUACAUCUGUUUAUUAUCCAUGUGCUGAUAAUAAAUAAGAAGAUAUUAAAUAUAAAUGGUUACCUAAUAAUAAAUUUGCUAAAUAAUUGUAUGAAAUAUCUGUUUUAUAAACUAAAUGGGUUCCAUCUGAAUGGGUAUUUGAUAUUGGAUUAGGUUUCUUAAAUUUCAUUAAUUUUACAGCAAGUGUUGAAUAACCAUUAUUAAAUACAGAAUUAGAUGUAAUUAUAUUUAGUCAUGGAUUUUCAUAACAUAGAAAUGCAUAUACAGCAUUAUGUUAAUAAUUAGCAAGUGAAGGAUAUGUUGUAUUUUCAUUAUAACAUUAUGAUUUAGUAUAUCCUUGGGAUACUAAAGGAACUAAAAUGUAUAAUACAGGUAAUUAUCCAGAAACAAUUGAAAAAUAUUAAAAAGUUAGAGCAGCUCAUUUAGAAUGGAGAACUGAACAAGUUUAAUAAUUAAUUAAUACAUUGAAUUCAAAUCAAAUUAAAGAUGUAUUCUUUGAUUUUAAACCAUUAUCAAUUAAUUUAAUUGGUCAUUCAUUUGGAGGUGCAACUGUUCUUAGUGUUGCUUAAGAAGUCGAUGUUAAUAAUGUUAUUGCUUAUGAUCCAUGGUUAUUCCCAUUUACUUAAGAAUAAAUGCAUAAAUAAGUGAAAUCUAAGACUUUGAUUCUUAGUAAAGAUAAAAUUAGAGUUAAAUAAGAAUGUUUUGAUCCUAAAUUACUAAAGGACUUUUUAGAUUUUAAUACAUCUAUUGAACAUCAUAAAAUCAAAGGUUUAGAUCAUGCUUAUCCAGUUGAUCUUACUUAUUUAAUUGCUGCUGAAAUGGUAUUAAUUGGUGAAUUAAGAACUGAUGACAAUGUAUUCAAAAUCAAUAGUCUAAUCAACUCAUUAACAACCAAGUUUUUACAAUAAAAAAUAUUCAGUAUUGAAGAAAAUAAAUUAUUUUGUUGA